ACUGAGUCUCUACUUUAGUCAAUCCUCUUUGCUGGGGUGUAUGCCCGUCAGUCGACCAGCUCCUCGAGCUUCACAUCUCGUACUUCACUCCUCGAGCGUCACACUGUCGGACUAGCUUCCCUCCAGAUGAGAACAGCUUCCCCUUACUCUCAGUAGCUCUUUGAUUCAGUUAAGAUACAGUGAAAAACGUUAAGACAUGUUACAAUGAACAAAAUUUUGGGCCUCGGAUUUUUUCUCUUGACUAUCGCCGUGCCGGUAGCCUCCUAUGAUUAUGAAUGUAAUCAACCACUACUGCAAAAGGCCCAGUUGAAGGCAACGUCCUACAUGCCGGAUAGAGAACCGAAAGAUGCCCGAUUGAACGGGUAUAGUGCUUGGACACCAGAAGAUAAUUCUUACAAUCAGCAUCUUACUGUGGACUUGGGGGAGAGAUGUGAAAUAAGGAGUAUUGCAACUCGUGGACGUGCGAGUACAAAUGAAUUCGUUACUGAAUAUAUUGUAGAAUAUUCAGACGAUGGCAACGCCUGGACUAGUUAUGAGAGUCAGGACGGUAUUGAAGAGAUGUUCAAAGGAAAUACAGAUGCUGAAUCGAUAAAGCUAAACAAAUUCGAAGUGCCUAUUAUAGCCCAAUGGAUCCGAAUAAAUCCGACACGGUGGCAGGAUAGAAUAUCUAUGCGUGUGGAGCUUUAUGGUUGUGAAUACAAUGCUGAUGUAAUAUCAUUUCAUGGCACCUCCCUUGUCAGCCUGGACCUCCUACGUGAGCCAAUAGAAAGUGAUCGUCACUCAAUACGUUUUCGCUUCAAGACUAACAAUGCCGACGGUGUGCUCCUAUACUCACGAGGUAGCCAGGGGGAUUUCAUAGCAGUUCAAUUACGUGACAAUAGAAUGCUAUUGAACAUGGAUCUAGGCUCAGGACUAACAACAAGCCUCUCCAUUGGUAGCCUCCUCGACGACAACAUGUGGCACGAUGUACUUAUUUCGAGGAAUAGAAAAAACAUAGCAUUUUCGGUGGAUAGGGUGAUAGUGAAUGGUCGAAUAAAGGGCAAGUUCCAUCGAUUGGAUCUCAAUAGAGCCUUCUAUAUAGGGGGGGUGCCGAAUAUACAACAAGGACUCGUUGUCACUCAAAAUUUCUCAGGCUGCAUUGAGAAUCUUCACUUGAAUAAAACCAAUGUAUUCAGAGAACUCAAGGAUGCCGAGGCAACUGGGGAAAACCUGAAAUAUCAUCGGAUUAAUACCAUCUACAAUUGUCCUCAGCCUCAAAUCAUUCCCGUAACAUUCUUAAAACCAAGGACCUAUGUCAGAAUCAAGGGCUAUGAAAGCGCUCUAUCCCUUAAUGUGUCCCUGGCUUUUAGAACGUACGAGGCCAAAGGAAUGCUCCUUUUUCACCAGUUCACUACUCCAGGCUAUAUAAAAAUGUUUCUCGAGGACGGUAAGAUUAAAAUUGAGAUCCAAACAAAAGGCAAUCCCAUUGCUAUUCUCGAUAAUUUUGAGGAGAGACUUGAUGAUGGCAAAUGGCAUCAGGUUAUUCUGACUGUUGGGAAGAACAGUAUUGUUUUGAAUGUUGAUAGAAGGCCGAUGAGGACAAAGAGGGUCCUGGAGAUGAGCACUGGACCGGUUUAUUUGAUUGGGGGUGGGAUUUCGGGGAUGGGCCCUAAUGUGGGCUUUGUUGGGUGUAUGAGACAGAUCAGUAUCGAUGGAAAUGUCAAGGCUCCUAGUGACUGGAAGGAUGAUGAUUUUUGCUGCAAGAAUGAAAUUGUUUUUGAUGCCUGUCAAAUGCUUGAUCGCUGCAAUCCCAAUCCUUGUAAACAUGGAGGGAUUUGCAGACAAAAUUCCGAUGAAUUCUUGUGUGAUUGCAGUAAUACCGGCUAUGCUGGAGCUGUCUGCCAUACGUCUCUACAUCCUCUCUCAUGUGAGGCAUACAGAAACACUAAUACCGUUGAUCAGAAAGCAGCAAUAAAAAUAGAUGUUGAUGGUAGUGGACCAUUGGAGCCAUUUCCAGUUACCUGCGAAUUCCAUCCGGACGGCCGAGUAAUGACUUUAAUUCGACACAGCAAUGAAUUACCAACGCCAGUUGAUGGCUUCGAGGAGCCUGGUAGUUUCGUUCAAGAUAUCAAUUAUGACGCCGAUCUUGAUCAAAUUGAAGCUGUCCUCAACAGGUCCAGUAGUUGUAGACAAUGGAUCAAUUACUCUUGCAAACAUUCAAAACUUUUUAACAGUCCAGUUCCUCAGAUGUCCUCAUUUGAGCCCAGUUCCUGGUGGGUCAGUAGAAACAAUCAAAAAAUGGAUUACUGGGGUGGCGCACUGCCAGGUUCACGGAAAUGUGAAUGCGGCGUGCUGGGAAAUUGCGCUGAUCCGACAAAAUGGUGUAAUUGUGAUUCUGGAUUAGAGGGGUGGCUUGAGGAUGGCGGCGAUAUCACGGAAAAAGAAUAUCUUCCUGUACGACAAUUACGACUUGGCGAUACUGGUACACCAUUGGACGAGAAAGAGGGUCAAUAUACUCUUGGCCCCCUUAUUUGUGAAGGAGAUGACUUAUUCAAAAACGUCGUGACAUUUCGCAUAUCCGACGCAACGAUAAAUCUGCCUACCUUCGAUAUGGGACACAGUGGAGAUAUUUACUUUGAAUUUAAAACAACGAUAUCCGACGCUGUGAUAAUUCAUAGUACAGGCCCCACUGACAGCAUUAAGAUAUCCAUCACCAAUGGAAAUCAGAUACAAUUCCAAUAUCAGGCAGGUGAUGGACCAUUGACUGUGAGUGUACAGACAUCCUCGAUGCUGGCAGACAACAACUGGCAUUCAGUAUCUGUAGAGAGGAAUCGUAAGGAGGCAAGGAUUGUCCUGGACGGGGCUAUCAAGAACGAGAUCAGGGAACCUCCAGGCCCAGUUCGUGCUCUACAUCUAACGUCUGACUUGGUUCUCGGUGCGACGACUAAAUACCGAGAUGGAUUCGUUGGAUGCAUCAGAGCAUUACUGUUAAAUGGUAAACUCCAAGAUUUAAGGAGACCUGGAAGACUUCCAACUUAUGGGAUAAGUGAGGGCUGCAUCGGAAGAUGUGAGAGUAAUCCAUGUCUCAAUAAUGGCACCUGUUACGAGAGGUAUGAUGGUUAUAGCUGUGAUUGCCGAUGGACUUCAUUUAAAGGACCUAUUUGUGCGGAUGAAAUCGGCGUUAACCUCCGUCCCGACUCUAUGAUAAAAUAUGAUUUUAUGGGCACUUGGCGUUCCACAAUAUCGGAAAAAAUUCGAAUAGGUUUUACAACGACAAAUCCACAUGGUUUUCUCCUAGGUCUCUUUUCAAACAUCUCCGGUGAAUAUAUGACUAUAAUGAUCUCUCGCAGUGGAUACUUGCGAGUGGUCUUCGACUUUGGUUUUGAACGCCAAGAGGUACUAUUCCCAUCAAAAAACUUUGGCCUAGGACAAUACCACGAUCUGCGAGUCAGUAGAAAAAAUGGUGGAGCAACGAUGGUCCUUCAGGUUGACAAUUACGAGCCCAAAGAAUUUGAUUUCGAUAUAAAGGCAUCAGCCGACGCUCAGUUCAAUAAUAUUCAGUAUAUGUACAUUGGAAAAAAUGAGUCCAUGAGUGAGGGCUUUGGGGGUUGCAUUUCACGAGUAGAAUUCGACGACAUUUACCCUCUAAAGCUGCUGUUUCAACAGGAUGGACCUACCAACAUUAGGUCAUUUGGAGGAUCAGUCAACGAAGAUUUUUGUGGUGUUGAGCCCAUCACUCAUCCUCCCAAUAUCGUGGAAACUCGGCCCCCACCGGUUGUCGAUGAAGAGAAAGUACGUGCUGCCUACAAUGAGACUGACACUGCUAUUCUGGGAAGUGUCCUGUCAGUCAUAAUUAUUGCUCUCAUUAUUAUGACUAUUUUAAUUGGUCGGUACAUGUCCAGACACAAAGGAGAGUACCUGACACAGGAGGAUAAAGGGGCUGAAAUGGCUCUUGAUCCUGACUCUGCUGUUGUUCAUUCCACAACUGGGCAUCAAGUGCAAAAGAAGAAAGAAUGGUUCAUCUGAGAUUUCUCAGAGACUUGUCUGAAUAGAGAUUAGGUUUUUUUUUUUUUUUUUUGGUUAGAGGAAAAAAUGCAACAAUUUUGAAGUGAAACUUAUUUGGCGGGGAUAGUAAAAGUACAUAAGGUGAAAAAAUAGUAGUUGUUUUCAAUUGAGGCAAUCACUAAUGUAUCAAUUUUUUGUUGUAUUUUUUUCUGAAAGAAAGAGACUUGCACGGUGUAGAGUAAUAUACUCCAUGAUUUGGUGACUAAUUAGAACCAAAGUUUUAUCAUUAGCUCAAUGUGAAUUCCAUAAUUUUAUUUUCACAAAAAUCAUUCAGUGAUGUGAUAAAUUGCACAAUUUCAAUUAGAUCCUAGAAAUGAAUUUAUUGCGAUUUAUCACUCCACUAAUGAAAUUAUUUGAUGAACUAAUUAAUAUACUCAUAGUUGUAAAAUUUCCGGACUCAAUUUUUUUUUUUAUUUUAUCAUUGUUUGAUAAGACUGGUGUGAGUAGAAUUAGUAGGAGCAAGAAAUUUAAAAUAAAUAUGCAUGAAUUUGUUAUUUUUAAGUAAAAGUAAACGCCGAAAUGCCAUAGAAAAUACUUCAACGAUGACAAUGUAAUGGUGCACCUUAACGGUGAGAGGAUAAUCUCUAUUUUUCAGUUUCAUUAUUUCAUAUGUUGCAAAUGAGUGCUAGACUGUUAUUUUUUAUUUUUUUUUUAAUUUAAUUUUCUCAGUAUUGUAAUUUUCACCGUCCAACAAAAUUCUUUCAAUCUCUUAUUUAAAUUAAAUUUACUUUUUAAUUCAUUAUAUAUUUUUAUUUUUAUUUGUCAUAGGAAUUUUCCACUCAAAUAUAACUCAGUAAUAAUGAAUAUUGAAAUUAUCAAAUGAAAUUAUUAAUGCAGAAGAAACUAUGCAAAUGAAUUGUAUAUAAACAAUAUUUAUAAUUAUUUAUAAUGAUACAAAAAAAAUGUAAUAAACCAGUAAUUUUGUACUGCAA